UCAUAUACAGACACCGAUGGCCGCUUGUGCCAGGCUCUCGGCGAUCUCACAUGUUGUCUGCCAUGUCCCAUGACCGACUGGACAUAUUCGGAUGCCUUCAUCAAAGUGGGCAUUGCGGCACAAUGGAUCUCGGUGUGCAGCAUGGUCUGCUGUGUAUUUCUCCUGCUAUCGUGGGCCGCCCUCCCCAUCGACAAGACACACAGGCACUACCUUAGCAUCUGCCUGGUCCUCGCCGUGUGCUUCAUGAAUAUGGGCUUCGUCAUCCCUCUGGCAGGACAGCCGGACCAGUGUUUCGACAAGAUCACGCCCAACGACAUGCAGACGAGCUCUGUGUGCGCCGCAUCUGGGACCUUCCUCAUCAUCGGAGGCUGGGCCGGCGUGCUGUGGGUGUUCCUGCGGUCGCUGUCUCUCCACCUCCAAAUCUGCUGGCAGGUUGUCGUAGGCAGGAAUUUCAUGUGGUUCUCGCAGGCAACCGGAUGGGGCAUUCCGGCCGUGGGCAUCGUGCUGGCCCUGACGCUGAGCGGUGUCUCGUUCCGCUUCGGGACCACCUGUCACGUCAACCACCACAACAGCCUGGCGGACCUGUGGAUCCCACUCCUGGUCUUUGCUGCCCUUACCAUCAUCAUUCAGUUCGCGACGUUCGGCUACUGCAUCAAGGUGUACCUCGCCUCCCUGGCCGACAACAACGCCACAACCGAGAAUUCGGGCCUGCCCUCCUACUCCAACAGCAUCCGAACCAUGACCCCCCGCCAGGCCUAUCGCCGCGUGCGCCGGGUGAUCCAGCUCCAGUGGCGCGGCAUCGCCAUCGUGCUGAUCAUCAUCGCUGAUGUCAUCUUCUUCGCCAUCGUCUUCGUCUUCCAGGACAAUACCGAGGAGACGGUCAAGACGGACCCGACCGUCGCAGACCCCUGGAUUACCUGCCUUGCGGAAACGGCAGGAGACAAGAACGCCUGUCUGACCGAGGCCAGCAGAUUUGUCGUCAACAUAGCAACCAUCGGGGCCGUCCUGAUUCUCCUGGCGAUGAACGGGUUCUGGCUCGUCCUCCUUCUGGGACGCUGGUCUAUGGUGACGGGAUGGAUAGAGCUCAUCACUCGGCGGCCGAUAGGCGGCAAGCGUGAGUUUGUAUCGGUUGACGCGCUCGGCGGACCAUACGACCUCAAGAUGAACACAGAUCCACGUUCGUACGAAAUGCUCUCACGGGACAAGGACGGCAUCUACCUCGCCUCGACGGAUGCGGCCUCCCCCGGCGGCGCCGGCCCCGACGACCUGACCCCCACAGCAGCAUCUGCAGGUGGUGGCGGCGGCCGCCGCACCCCCGACUACUUUGGCCAGACCGCGAGGUACCAGGCGCCCACGAGGUCCUUCUCCAGCCCGAGACCACCGACGAGAGAGGGCCAGGCGUCGCAGGCCAGCUGGGAACAGGGUCACGCGGCCCACCCGAACCCUGCGCGACCGUACUCGCCCCCGACGAGCUAUCAAUACAGCCAGGACAGCUAUGGCCAGGCGGACAGCAUUAACCCCCUCCAGAUGAACAGGAUAUGA